ACUCCUCCCCCAACACAGAACCUCAUCGGAAAACAGGUUAGAAGCCCACGGCAACGAGACUGUCGAGACCCGCCUUUGGUGUCGCGACUUCCACCCUCGAUCUUUUCCGCGAAUUCGUGUGGAGGCCUGCGCUUUUCGGGGGCAACCGGGGUUUCCCGAAUUCCUUUGAGAACUAAAGUGACUCGCGCGCAAGGAUGAAACAGGCCAUCUCGUUCUGAAAAGCAAAGCGAAAAUGAGAUGCAGCCGCCAGCGCGCCGCGCUCAAUCGCAGGACGGUGUGCUUCCUCUCACACAGUUUGCUCUCAUGCAUGCGUUUACCUCGUCGGGAACGGGCUAUUGUCUCUUGAGAUGGCGCUGCGUGGACUUGGCCGUGACCUAUUGCUCGGCCAGACAAUAAAAAAAGCUACACAUGCGUCAAUGCUUUAUUGAUGAGGAUUUUCGACUGUCGUUACGGUUUCUAGCCACUACUUCUACCGUGUUUUUUCGACGUCAUUGUCACACCAUGGCAGCGAGUGGACACCCGAUCCCGGAACUCGGAGAGUUCAUCAUUGCAAACAAGGAGAAGCUUCGCAAUACUGGACAGGAGUCAGAGAUGAACAGGCUCUUGACUGCGAUUAAGCUCGCAGCAAAAGUCGUGAAUCGAGAGAUCAACAAGGCGGGUCUUGCCGAUAUCUUGGGUGCAGCCGGGAACCAGAACGUGCAGGGCGAGGAACAGCAGAAGCUGGACGUUUUCGCCAACCACAAGUUCAUCCAGGCUCUCGUCAACCGCGAAGUCGUGUGCGGUAUUUGCACCGAGGAAGAUGAUGACUUUAUCGAGGUCAACAGGGAUGCACACUUCGUGAUGCUGAUGGACCCUCUUGAUGGCUCCUCAAACAUCGACGUCAAUGUCUCCGUGGGAACCAUCUUCUCCAUCUACCAGCGCGUGUCACCUCUGGGCUCUCCUCCCGAGCUGCGCGAUUUCUUGCAGCCGGGAAAUGCACAAAUUGCCGCCGGUUAUGUCCUCUACGGAUCCUCUACGAUGCUGGUUAUGACGACAGGUGACGGCGUGAACGGAUUCACAUUGGAUCCUUCUCUCGGCACAUUUUUCCUUUCCCACAGAGGCAUGAGAUUCCCGGAGAAAGCGCGUAUCUACAGUGUGAACGAAGGCAACUACAAGGCGUUCCCGGACGGUGUAAAGAAGUUCCUCGAGGAAUGCCAUGACGACAAGACUGGACCGUUCUCACUGCGUUACAUCGGCAGUCUGGUCUCAGAUUUCCACCGGAACCUGCUGCAGGGAGGAAUAUACAUGUACCCACCAACCAAGAAAGAUAAGAAGGGCAAAUUGCGACUGUUGUACGAGGCAAACCCUAUGGCGUUCCUUGCUGAACAGGCGGGGGGGAAGGCGACAGACGGGUUUGAUCGCAUCAUGGAUAUCCAACCAUCAGAGCUACAUCAACGCGUUCCUCUAAUGAUCGGGACUGCGAGACUGGUAGACCGUGUCGAUGCACUCAUGGUCGAGCACAGUCCGGAGUGCCGACUGCAUGCAAACUGCCUCGUUGGCAAGAACAGUUCAUAGAAAGGCUGUGUAUCGAGGACAGGAGCCGCCUGAAAAGACAAAGAUUAGUGGAGCAGCGGGAUACCACCGAGAGACGCCUGAGCACAGGGGUAGCUUUGAUGGCCAAGCUGGUUCUCACAGGAUGGACGGGCGCCACCCGCUAGUUUAUUUUGAGUCGGUUAGCAAUUUGUUUUAGUAGUGGAUGGCAAAUGUGUUACCUUGUAGACUAGGAGAAAAUCGCCCUCACGGUUUCUGCACAGAGGUUGCAUCCUUCGUGACUUUCGCUUCGCAGGGGACGUUGUAUACCGCCUCACGUAUCAAGUCCUUUGUUUUCGCGGGCAACUCCCUGGAGUUGCUGUUUCUUACUGGUGCUGGGGGGCGGCGCCGGGUUCGCUUUGGUGUAUGAAUAGUAUCGGUGGAGGAAACAUCGCCUCUUAUAUGUGUGCGUGCAUUUAAACCACCCGAAGCAACAGUUUUCUACAAACUAAGCGUACAGGCCCCCACCGUGUGGUCAACGCUUGCAUUGAUAGAUUCCAACUCUAGUUUAUGCCAUAUGUGAGCGUGAACGGGCUACAUAGUGGUAUAGUCGAACGCUCAAACACCUCCGGGAAAUUUAAAUUGACUGACGCGU